CCAGCCGAAGAAGAUCGGCGUCUCACACAGCAGCGAAGAUGGCGACACACAUGUCGAGGUGCAGAUCUUGGAGUCGUGUUCAAAGGUUUGGUAUAGCAGCCUACAGAAAGUACAGUAGUGGUGGUGGAUACCCCAACAUCUCCCUGUCGUCACCGCUGCCUGGAAUCCCAAAACCUGUUUUUGCAUCUGUCGAUGGUCAAGAAAAAUACGAAACAAAAAUCACCACACUGGAGAACGGCCUCAGAGUUGCCUCUCAAGACAAAUUUGGUCAGUUCUGCACAGUUGGAGUUCUCGUCAACUCUGGAUCCAGACAUGAAACAAAAUACCCCAGUGGAAUCGCCCACUUCCUGGAGAAGCUUGCUUUUUCUUCAACAGCCCAGUACGGCAGUAAAGAUGAAAUCCUCCUCACGCUGGAAAAACACGGCGGAAUUUGUGACUGCCAGACUUCCAGGGACACCACCAUGUAUGCAGUAUCAGCAGAGGUCAAAGGUCUGGACACCGUGGUCAGUUUGCUCUCAGAUGCAGUCCUUCAGCCUCGACUUCUUGAGGACGAGAUCGAGAUGACGAGGAUGGCAGUGCGUUUCGAGCUGGAGGAUCUGAACAUGAGGCCGGACCCUGAACCUUUGCUGACCGAGAUGAUCCAUGCGGCCGCCUAUGGAGGAAACACGGUCGGCCUCCCUCGCUACUGUCCCAUCAACAACGUGGACCAGAUCGACAAGAGGGUUCUGCACAAUUAUCUGCGAAACUACUACCGUCCUGAGCGGAUGGUGCUGGCCGGAGUGGGGAUUGAACACGAGCAGCUGGUGGAAUGCGCGAGGAGGUAUCUGCUGGACGUGAAACCAGUGUGGGGCGUGAGCUCAGCUGCCAACGUGGACCUCUCAGUGGCUCAGUACACGGGUGGCAUCAUGAAGAUGGAUAAGGACAUGUCAGACGUGAGUCUGGGUCCAACUCCCAUCCCAGAACUCACUCACAUCAUGAUUGGUCUGGAGAGCUGCUCCUUCCUGGAGGACGACUUCAUCCCCUUCGCUGUCCUGAACAUGAUGAUGGGGGGAGGUGGCUCAUUUUCGGCCGGCGGACCAGGAAAAGGCAUGUUCACCCGCCUGUACCUCAAUGUCCUCAACAGGCAUCACUGGAUGUACAACGCCACCUCGUACCAUCACAGCUACGAGGACAGCGGCCUGCUGUGCAUCCACGCCAGCGCAGACCCGCGACAGGUCAGAGAAAUGGUGGAGAUCAUCACCAGAGAGUUCAUCCAAAUGUCAGGAAGUGCUGGAGAGAUGGAGCUGGAGCGAGCCAAGACGCAGCUCAAGUCCAUGCUGAUGAUGAACCUGGAGUCCCGGCCGGUGAUUUUUGAGGACGUGGGUCGACAGGUUCUGUCCACGGGGAAGAGGAAGCUUCCGCAUGAGCUCUGCACGCUAAUAAGCAACGUGACGGCCAGCGACAUCAAGAGAGUGACCACGAAGAUGCUGCGCAGUAAACCAGCCGUGGCUGCGCUGGGAGACCUGACGGAACUCCCAUCGUACGAACACAUCCAGGCGGCUCUGUCCAGCAAAGACGGACGUCUGCCCCGCAUGUACCGCCUCUUCCGAUAGACAAGACCACCGGACGGCAGUGGGACGUCACUGUAAAUAAACAGGACUUGAAGAUCAAAUCGGUGUCGAUUCCCAACACAGAACUCGUUCGCUGUGGGAGGAGAUCACUACCGGAGCGCCACCGAAGGGGCCGCUGUUUUACACAAACAAAAAAAAAAUGUUCUCCAGAGAGGUACCUGUCAUGGGAAGGUCGAACAGGAAGCCAUACUGCCACAUUUACUGAGCGAGGUGAGGGACGAAAGUCUGUGUAAAGAAGUGAAAUGCUCUGAGUGUGGCCACUUUUUAUACUUUUUCUGUUACAGUCUGCUUCUUCAAAAGUAGUUUCUGUUGUAUGAUCAGUUUUCCCCACACAGGAAGGUAGCCCUUCAACGGCUGAACUUUAAGUUCUUCUUUAGCCCAGACUACAACACCACAAUAUGCAAUAAUAUAAUAUACUAUCUAUCCUUUGUGAAUAUAUUUCUGGACUGAGAAAAGAGGAAGAUGAACUGGCAUAUAUGGCACUUUUUGCUAAUAUGUGUUUUACAUAUUGAAAUAUUUGUUCAUAUUGUGGUGUUACAGUCCUUCAGGAGCAUCGAAGCUAAGCUGUUGACCAUCUGCUCAUACUAGCGUCGACGUUGGGUUCACAUAGAAGGCACUCAUGUCACCCCCACAUUCAGUUUGUACCAUAAUCUUGUUGCUAAUACGGAGUGAAUAUGCCAGAGAAGGUUCAGACCGUUCUCAACUCACCAUUUUCAUCUGGCUCUUGCAUCUUCUAUUAUGGUGGCUUUCUGGUAAACACAUGUAAGUACAGCUGCAAUAAAGACAUAUUUUAACAGACUGGACCACUU